ACGGUGGAGGAGUUUCGCUGUUCUGCUACUGUAAAAUCUUAGCGUAGUGAAUCGCUAGGAGAGAUACAGGGGAAGAACGGAGCCGAAUUCACGAGCGUUCCCCGAUAAUGCUAUUUUGAAAUGAUAGUGACUGAAUAAAGUUUUUCUACAUUAGAUGGACUAUUAGUACAGACAAAAGUUUGUAUUUGCCUAGGAUUUGAAGAGUUUGCGAGCAGCUACCUAACUAGCGAUGCUAACGUUAGCUAGCGAACUAGAUACAACUGUAAACAUGGUUUAAAUUGGUUUCUCACCUGACGUUAUAUUGCAGUGAUUUAAAUUUAGUAUGAAUUAUUUUAUGAAUGUGUAUCUGUCGUAGCUAAAAACGUAUUUAGGAUACAUUUAUGCUUGGAUUCAAACAGCCGCAGUGUGUACACAAAUCAAACAACUGCAGCAGAGGCAGAGGAUGGAGGAGCUGUGGAGACGUGGCAUGCCCCUGUCAGAUCGGAUGGAAAAUGACUCCCCAGCCGAUAUGGCCCCAGGGUCCCCAACCACAGCGGCCCCGUCGGGCUCCAACGCCUCCUGGGUGCCAGACACCCCCCUGGUGACCCCUGAGGAACCAUACUUCCUCAUGACCUCCACUGCCCAGACCGUGUCAGGGUUCUUUGUCUGGACAGCCCUGCUAAUAACCUGCCACCAGAUCUACAUGCACCUGCGCUACUACAGCUCUCCCAAUGAGCAGAGGCACAUAGUUCGCAUCCUCUUCAUCGUUCCCAUCUACGCCUUUGACUCGUGGCUCAGCCUCCUCUUCUUCACUAACGAAGAGUACUACGUCUACUUUGACACGGUCCGCGACUGCUACGAAGCGUUUGUGAUCUACAACUUCCUCAGCCUGUGUUAUGAGUACCUUGGAGGGGAGAGCGCCAUCAUGGCUGAGAUCAGAGGAAAGCCCAUUGAGUCCAGCUGUGUGUACGGCACCUGCUGUCUCUGGGGAAGAACUUACUCCAUUGGGUUCCUCCGAUUCUGCAAACAGGCCACUCUACAGUUCUGUGUGGUGAAGCCUCUGAUGGCCAUGAUCACGGUCAUCCUGCAGGCCUUUGGGAAGUACAGAGAUGGAGACUUCAAUGUGGCCAGUGGAUACCUGUAUGUGACCAUCAUCUAUAACUUCUCUGUCAGCCUGUCUCUCUACGCCCUCUUCCUCUUCUACUUCGCCACCCGCAACCUGCUGGUCCCCUACAGCCCCAUGCUCAAGUUCCUCAUGGUCAAGUCUGUCAUCUUCCUCUCUUUCUGGCAGGGUAUGCUGCUGGCCAUCUUGGAGAAGUGUGGAGCCAUCCCUAAAAUCAACUCUCCCGAAGUGUCAGUUGGGGAGGGCACGGUCGCCGCCGGCUACCAGAACUUUAUCAUCUGCAUUGAGAUGUUCUUUGCCGCUGUGGCCCUGCGCCACGCCUUCACCUACAAGGUCUACAUGGACAAGAGGCUGGACUCCUACGGGUCCUUUCCUAUUUAUGGACAGUACGGUCGCUGCGCCCCAAUGAAGAGCAUCUCCAGCAGUCUGAAGGAGACCAUGAACCCCGGAGACAUGGUGCAGGACGCCAUCCACAACUUCUCCCCGGCCUACCAGCAGUACACACAGCAGUCCACCCUUGAGCAGCGCGGAGGGGCGCCAGUGUCCCGCAGCCACAGCAACCUCAGCACCCGCGACAAUGAGAAGACCCUGCUGCUCAGCUCCGACGAUGAGUUCUGAGCCCCCCUACACACCGACCGGUGGUACUACUGGGAGGUGGAGACGGGAGGGGCUUUAUGGACUCUACUAUAGUGCCGUACCAAAUCGACAAGCUUGAGUCCUUUGGCUGAUCCACUUCAUGAACAUAGUACUCAUAUUCCUCAGUCUAUAUUGACAAUACAAGCAACCUACUGCGUAGGGGUCCAUUGCCACAUUCCCCUGCCAAUAUGGAUCAAUACAGAUACACACACAUGUGCAUAGACCAUUCCCAGGUGUCUUCAGGCUGUGUGUUAACACUACAAAGGCCUACUAGACAGAGAAACACUCACCAACGUGCAUGCCAUUGACAUGAGUGCCAUUGAAAUAAUACAGCAUCCCCCCUCACCCUCCUGCCAGCUCUGCCUCUUGCUUAAAUGUUGCCAAAUAGAGGGAGAUCCCGCUUGGUCAGCAGGACCCCCUCUAACAUAAAAUUUAGAUUUCAGACUCACUUGGAUAAGACACUAAGGGACCCCGAAAUCACUGUAUAUUUUGAUGUUUAUUGACCUGAUGGUGUUCUUCUCAUUUUAAACGAAUCUAUUAUGAAGGGAGGUUAUUAUUAUAUGAUGUGCGUUAGUGUGUGUUGGAAGGUACAGUGAGGAUAAUAUAAUUGGGGGAUUUUGGGGGUCAUUUGGGGUGUCUCCCGGAAUGUUAUAGUUGUUGUUAAUGACGUAUUGAGGGAACAGCUGUUGACAGAGGUUUGGUGUGGGCGACUAACAUCGCUCACGCGGAUUACAGAUGAAAGAGGAACUUGCUUCUUAGCAGAGCUGGACCCGGCCACAGCAGACAGGAUUAGAAUCCCGUAAUUGGGGCAUUAUGUGCGGCACAGAUCAGGCAUGUUUUUACCAUCAGGUUGGUGUAACGGUCAUAUCGCGCCCGAACUGCGCAUGUGCAGACCGUCUAAUCAAAGGCUGUCUUUUGAUCAUGUUUUUUUGGAUGAAAAUUUAAACUUGUCAGUGUGUCACUUUCACAAGGCUGGAGUAAUAACAUGUUCAACUACUUAAGACAUUGGCUCGAAUCUAGAUUGUGUCUUUAGAUUGAGAAAAUAAACAACUAAUUUCACUGUUCUCAUCUCAAACCUCAGCCUGGUCUGUUUCGCAAGCGUUCCUGGAAGUCUUCAAUGUUGCACCUCUGGGUUUAGAAACUCUGUGAAGUUGUCAAAGGGUAUGGGGACCAAGCAUUUCUUCCCCCUAGUGGCAAGAGGCAGAGAGAUUUCCAGCCCAGCCUCUGAGAGGAGCCUGUUGAGCAGAAAUAGUUUCUUUGAAUACAUAGGCAAGGCAAAGCUUGGCUAUCUUCAGCAUUAAUAUACUUCAGUUAUGCCUGAAUAUACCUGCUUUAAUCAACAUGUCUGUUUUCUUGUCUUGUUAGGGUUGCUAUGUUGCUGCUUAGUGUCACUAGCCUCCUCAUUGAUUUUUUCCUUUGAGAGGUCUUUUUGCUGAAGACAACACACAGAUAAUUUUGAAACGUUUUACUCAUAAAAAAAUCUCUCAAUGAACUGUCAAUUCCAAAGCUGCAGUUUUACAAAAAAAAUUAAAUAGGAACACUACCCAUAUUUGGGGCAGCAGGGUAGCCUAGUGGUUAGAGCGUUGGACUAGUAACUGAAAGGUUGCAAGUUCGAAUCCCCGAGCUGACAAGGUACAAAUCUGUCGUUCUGCCCCUGAACAGGCAGUUAACCCACUGUUCCUAGGCUGUCAUUGAAAAUAAGAAUUUGUUCUUAACUGACUUGCCUAGUAAAAUAAAGGUAAAAUAAAAAAAUAAAAAAUAUUUGACUACCAGAGGGAAGUGUUUUUCUACAGCAGGGGUUCUUGAAUGUUUUCAUCUCGAAACACAAAUUAGAAAUUUUACCGUUUUCCCGUGACUCAAAUCUUCCUCUAACGACCCAAAUUAAAAAUAAAUGGUGUGUUAUUAUAGAUGUAUUCUCAUAAAUCGCGACCCACCUCUCACAUGCCCAGGGUCCACUUCCGGUUAAAAAAAACUUUUCUACAGGGUCCAAUAAAUACAGUACCAAAAGUUACUAUUCAAUUCAAUGGUUUUUCUUUAUUUUGACUAUUUUCUACAUUGUAGAAUAAUAGUGAAGACAUCAAAACUAUGAAAUAACACAUAUGGAAUCAUGUAGUAACCACAUUUUUUAUUUAAAUAUAAUUAACAUUUUAGAAUCCUCAAAGUAGCCACCCUUUGCCUUGAUGACAGCGCUGCACACUCUUGGCAUUCUCUCAACCAGCUUCACAUGGAAUGCUUGAAGCAUUUCCCACAUGCUGAGCACUUGUUGGCUGCUUUUCCUUCACUUUGCGAUCCAACUCAUCCCAAACCAUCUCAAUUGGGUUGAGGUCAGGUGAUUGUGGAAGCCAGGUCAUCUGAUGCAGCACUCAAUCACUCUCUUUCUUGUUUAAUUAGCCCUUACACAGCCUGGAGGUGUGUGGGGUCAUUGUCCUGUUGAAAAACAAAUGAUAGUCCCACCAAGCGCAAACCAGAUGGGAUGGUGUGGUAGCCAUGCUGGUUAAGUGUGCCUUGAAUAAAUAAAUAAAUCACUGACAGUGUCACCAGCAAAGCACCGCCACACCAUCACACCUCCUUCUCCCUGCUUCACGGUUGGAACCACACAUGCGGAGAUCAAUCCAUUCUCCUGCUCUGCGUCUCACAAAGACACAGUGGUUGGAACCAGAAUUCUCAAAUUUGGAGUCAUCAGACCAAAGGACAGAUUUCCACCAGUCUAAUGUCCAUUGCUCGUGUUUCUUGGCCCAAGCAAGUCUCUUCUUAUUAUUGGUGUCCUUUAGUAGUGGUUUCUUUGCAGCAAAUCGACCAUGAAGGCCUGAUUCACGCAGUCUCCUCUGAACAGUUGAUGUGUCUGUUACAUUUAUUUGGGCUGCAAUUUCUGAGGCUGGUAACUCUGAUGAACUUACCCUCUGCAGCAGAUGUAACUCUUGGUCUUCCUUUCCCGUGGCGGUCCUCAUGAGAGCCAGUUUCAUCAUAGUGCUUGAUGGUUUUUGAGACUCCACUUGAAGAAAGUUAUCAAAGUUCUUAAUUUUUCAGAUUGGCUGACCAUGUCUUAAAGUAAUGAUGGACUGUCGUUUCUCUUUGCUUAUUCGAGCUGUUCUUGCCAUAAUAUGGACUUGGUCUUUUACCAAAUAUUUUCUGUAUACCACCCAUACCUUGUCACAACACAACUGAUUGGCUCAAAUGCAUUAAAGAAGGAAAGAAAUUCCACAAAUUAACUUAACAAGGCACACCUGUUAAUUGAAAUACAUUCCAGGUGACUGACUACCUCAUGAAGCUGGUUGAGAGAAUGCCAAGAGUGUGCAAAGCUGUCAAGGUAACGGGUGGCUAUAUUUUGAUUUGUUUAACGCUUUUUUGGUUACUACAUCAUUCCGUAUGUGUUAUUUCAUAGUUUUGACAUCUAAGCUAUUAUGUAGAAAAUAGUCAAAAUAAUGAUAAACCCUGGAAUUAGUAGGUAUGUCCAAAUUUUUGACUGCUACUGUAUAUGUCAUAGGUUUGAAUGUUAAGUAUAGGCUACAUACACUUAAGUGAUUGUUUUAAUGAUGUGCCCUAUGCUGUGUCUUUUGAUUAAAAUGAAUAUAUUAUUCCUGAACAGGAUAUUGACAGGAUAUUGUACAAGACAGGAUAUUGUGUAUAAAGUUGAACUAGAUAAUGGAAUAUGUUUAUUGGUGGGUAUAAUAAUGAUAAAGCACAAUGCUUACUUCUGUAUCGUCUCUGCUCCAUAUUCCUUAUAUUAUUUUGUUUCAUACUUUUGUGUUCAUUUGUAUAUUGGUAUUAUUCUGCUUAAUAGAUUCUGAUGCAAUUUUUUGUCUUUGUGGUGUUUAAACAACCGCAAAAUAAAAAGACAGACAAAAUUGAA